AUGCUCUCUCUGGUGGCGUCACAGGGCCUGCACGUGCCGGCCAGUGCAGUGACUCGGGAGAUCAUGGGGCUCACAGGGGGGAGUGCUGGGCUGGGGAGUCGGAGUAUGGUGAAAGAGAGAAAGCGGCCUUCGCUGCUGGAUAGUAGUGGUAGCGAGGAGGAGGAAGAGGAGGAGGAGGAAGAGGAGGAAGAGGAGGAAGAGGAGGUGGAGGAGGAGGAGGAAGAGGAUGAUAAUGAUGAGGAGGGUGAGGGUGGAGCAGAGGAAGGGGAGGGAGAAGAGGAGGAAGAGGAAGAAGAGGAGGGGAAGGAAGAAGAUUAUGGAGAGGCAGAGGAGGAGGAGGGGGAAGAGGGGGGAGGCGAGGAAGGGGAGGAUACACAGGAGGAGGAAGAUGGAAUGGAGCAAAAAGGUAACGAAGAGAAUGAGGAGGAGGAGGAGGAGGAGGAGGAGGAGGAGGAGGAGGAGGAGGAGGAGGAGGAGGAGGAGGAGGAGGAGGAGGAGGAGGAGGAGGAGGAGGAGGAGGAGGAGGAGGAGGAGGAGAACUUAGAGCACAAGGCAGGACACGCAGAUAUGGAGGUUGGGGGCGAGAACUCUUGGAAUGUUGAGGAGGCUGAGGAGGCUGAGGAGGCUGAGGAGGCUGAGGAGGCUGAGGAGGCUGAGGAGGCUGAGGAGGCUGAGGAGGCUGAGGAGGCUGAGGAGGCUGAGGAGGCUGAGGAGGCUGAGGAGGCUGAGGAGGCUGAGGAGGCUGAGGAGGCUGAGGAGGCUGAGGAGGCUGAGGAGGCUGAGGAGGCUGAGGAGGCUGAGGAGGCUGAGGAGGCUGAGGAGGCUGAGGAGGCUGAGGAGGCUGAGGAGGCUGAGGAGGCUGAGGAGGCUGAGGAGGCUGAGGAGGCUGAGGAGGCUGAGGAGGCUGAGGAGGCUGAGGAGGCUGAGGAGGCUGAGGAGGCUGAGGAGGCUGAGGAGGCUGAGGAGGCUGAGGAGGCUGAGGAGGCUGAGGAGGCUGAGGAGGCUGAGGAGGCUGAGGAGGCUGAGGGGGCUGAGGAGGCUGAGGAGGCUGAGGAGGCUGAGGAGGCUGAGGAGGCUGAGGAGGCUGAGGAGGCUGAGGAGGCUGAGGAGGACGAUGAGAACAAUGGAGACGAGGGCAUAGAGCAGUACCCAGCGGAAGAAGCAGGGUACACGGAUAUGGCAGCUGGGGGUGAAGACUCUUCUAGUAUUGAGGCUGAGGAUAGUCCAGCUGAACAGGCCAAUGAGAAGAGUGCAGAGGAGGAGGUAGAGCAGGAACCAGAGGACGAUGCAGGGCACAUGGAUACGGAGGCUGGAGGGGAAGAGUCGUGGAAUAUGGAGGCUGAGGAGGGUCCAGCUGAGAAGGGUUCAACCGAGGAGGAAGAGGAGAAUGAGUUAGAGCACGAGACAGGGCACACGGAUAUGCAGGCUGGAGGUGAAGAGUUUUGGAGUAUGGAGGCUGAGGAUGCUCCCGCUGAGGAGAGCCCAGCUGAGGCAGGAGGAGGAGCGGAUGAGGAAGCAGGCAGUGAUUCUGCCAGAGACCCCCUGUUGAAUGUGUCUGAGGGUGAGGGGCGUGUGAAGGCCCUUGCUGCUGCUAUGCUGUCGCCUACUGCUGCUGCUGCUGCUGCUGCUGCUGCUGCUGCUGCUGCUGCUGCUGCUGCUGCUGCUGCUGCUGCUGCUGCUGCUGCUGCUGCUGCUGCUGCUGCUGCUGCUGCUGCUGCUGCUGCUGCUGCUGCUGCUGCUGCUGCUGCUAGUACCACCAUUGCAUCCCCUAAAGAGGGAGUGGCGUUAGGUGUUGCUGGGGGGCGUGUGAAGGCUCUUGCUGCUGUGGUGGCGUCUGCUGCUUCUGCUGAUACCACCCCUGCACCCUCUAAAGAGCCAGCGGCUGUAGAUGUUGCUGGGGGAAGGGUGAAGGCCCUUGCUGCGGUGGUGGCGUCUGCCGCUGCUGAUACCACCAGUGCAACCCCUAAGGAGGCUGCGACUGUGGACGUUUCUGCUGGGAGGGUGAAAGCACUGGCUGCUGUGGUGGCUUCAUCUGCGUCUGCUGACGCCACCAGUGCCCCCUCUAAGGAACCGGCGACUCUGAAUGUUGCAGAGGGGCGUGUGAAGGCUCUUGCUGCUGUAGUGGCGUCUGCAACUCCUGACACCACAGCUGCAGCCCCGAAAGAGGCAGCAACUAUAAAUGUUCCUGGCGGGCAUGUGAAAGCUCUGGCUGCCGUGGUUGCAUCAACUGCUGCUCCUGCUGACGCCACCAGUCCAUCCCCCAAAGAGGCGGCGGCUGUAGAUAUCGCUGGCGGGCAUGUGAAAGCUCUGGCUGCUGUGGUGGCGUCUGUGGGUGCUGCUGGCGCCACCAGUGCACCCUCUAACGAGUCAGCGGGUCUAGAUGUUGCUGGGGGGCGUGUGAAGGCUCUUGCUGCUGUGGUGGCGUCUGCUGCUUCUGCUGAUACCACCCCUGCACCCUCUAAAGAGCCAGCGGCUGUAGAUGUUGCUGGGGGGCGUGUGAAGGCUCUUGCUGCCUUUGCGGCUGCUCCUGCUGCUGAUGAUACCACCAGUGCACCCUCUAAAGAGUCACCGGGUCUAGAUAUUGCUGGGGGGAGGGUGAAGGCGCUGGCUGCUGCGGUGGCAUCCACUGCUGCUGCUGACGCCACCAGUGCACCCCCUAAAGAGGUGGUGGUGACUGGAGACGUUGCUGAGGGAUGGGUGAAGGCUCUUGCUCCCUCUGUGGCUGCUCCUGCUGCUGCUGAUACCACCAUUGCACCCCUUGAAGAGGCAGCGGCUCUAGAUGUUGCAGAGGGGCGUGUGAAGGCUCUUGCUGCUGUGGUGGCUUCUGUGGCAGCUGCUGACUCUGUCAGUGCAACGCCUAAAGGUGUGGCGAAUCCUGAUUUUGCAGAGGGGCGUGUGAAGGCUCUUGCUGCUCGGGCUGCCUCUGCUGCUGCAAACAACAGUGCUGAAAGCACCGGCGGUGCUUCAAAGGACUUGGUCUCUCUGGAGGUUGGAGAGGGGCGGGUGAGAGAGCUCGCUGCUCUGGCUGCCUCUGCUGCUGCCAACAGCAGUGCAACCGCCAGUGCUGCUUCAAACGACCCCUCUCUGGAUGUUGCUGGGGGGAGAGUGAGAGAGCUCGCUGCUCUGGCUGCCUCUGCUGCUGCCAAUAACAGUGCUGAAACUGCUGACAGUGCUCCAAAGGACUCCUCUCUGGACGCUGGUGAGGGCCGUGUGAAGGCCCUGGCUGCUCUUGCUUCCACUGGUGCUACCUCUGGUGACAAUGUUAGUCAAGGCCAAUCUAAUAGCAAUGGUGAACCCACCACGCUGUACGGCAAUGACAAGAGCAUCCAGCAGCAGCAGCAGCAGCAGCAGCACUACCCUGCUCCCUCCCCACGCCUCAUCCACCGUCCCUACUCCCCGUCACCGCGCUCCAUCCCUCACUCCCCAUCCGCCCAUCUCCCCUGCUACACUCGCUGCCCCUCCACCCAUCUCGUGAGCCCCAUUCGCCCCCGAGGAAGCUUCAGCCCUAGUAGGUUCCGGGCAUUUGAUGCUGCAGCAGUGGCAGCAGCAGCCUUGGCAGGAGUUUCCCCUCAGCGCCGCCGCUCCCCUUCGCCGAACCUCCCACGUUAUUCCGCCUCUCCGGGGGCUUAUCCUAGCGGCUUUCCCAUCCGAACCUCGUCUGUGAGCCCGAGCCAGUCGCCCAUGGCCCGAGGCAUGCCUCCACGGUUGCCGCCGAGGUUCGGCAGCAGCGUGAUGUUCGGUGGGGAUGCGAGGGACCUGAGGUUUGGCGAGUUCCGUGAUUCGUCGAGAGAUUCGGAUUUCCGCGAGGGGGCGGGGAGGAGAGGUGCUGGCAUGGGGGAGGUAGGGGGAGGAGGAGCAGGAGGGGUUGGGGGUUUGGGGAAUGGCGGAGGGAGUGGGGGAUACAGCAAAUCUCGGUCGUUGGAUCGACAGAUAAGAGUGGGAUCACCAGGAGGGUUGGUGGGAGGUGCGGGGGAAGUGCUUAUAAUGAAGGGCAGUGGGGACAUAGAUGGAGAAGGGCACGAGGAGGAAAUGCUGGGGGAUGAUGCAGACAGCGAGGAGGAGAGAGAGGAGGAAGAUGAAGGGGAGGAUGAGGACGAUGCGGAGGAGGGAGAGGAGGAGCGAGAGGAGGAGGGUCCAGCGAGUGAGGGCAUGCAGACAGGAUGGCCAGCAGCUGCAACAGUGCCUUCAAGCGAGGCCAGCGGCAGUGGCGACAGCAACAGCGUUACUGCUACCAGCAAUGGUGGCAGCAGCAUGGGCAAGACAUGGAAGGACAUUCUGCUCUCUGUGAAAGCAGCGACUCAGCCCGGAGCAGCUGCUCCCGGUUCGAAUGCAGGGAGGCAAGAGGGUGCAGGCGCUGCUGCCCUGGCGGCUGUAGCGGCGGAGGUUGUAGCGGGAAUGCACGGAGGCAGGGAGGGAGGGGUGGGUGAUGUGGCUGGGGUGUUGGGGAAUGGAGCAUUGGUGUUUGGUGCAGUUGAUGUGGCGGGGGGGACGGCAGGGAAGUCGGUGGGGGCGAUUGGAGAAAUGCAUGGGGAGGCGUGCCGGCAGGAGGGAUGGAAGAGGGCGAGAAGCGUUGCAACUGGGGUAAUGGCGACUGGUGGGGUGAUGGCAGGUGGGCAGCAGCAUUCGAUAUACAGAGGGAUAGCAGAGGGAGAAGAGGAGGCAGGGAUGGAGAACGAAGAGGAGGCUAGGAGCAGGGACGGACCAGCUGUGGUAGAAGGGAAAGUUGUUGGGGGGGUUGGAGCAGAAAAAGAGGCAGCAGAGGCAGAGGUUGCAGCUGCAAGCAGCAACACGGGUGCAGAGGCGAGAGGGAGGGUGGAGGAGUGGGGGGAGCAGAGUCCCAUUAGGGAGCUGCUGGGGGCGUUGGAGUCUCCCACCAGAUGGGCUCACCUGUGUGCCAAGAUGGAGCAGCAGAGGCAGCUAUAUGAAGCCCUUGAUGACUCAAGAGCCACCCAGCUAUCGGAUCUGCCAGACGAGUUCAUCGUCCAGAUCCUCUCUCGACUCACCGACCCGCUCGACUGGGCGGCGUGUCUCGGCCUAUCCCGGCGCUUCGCCGCCCUCUCCUGCCUCGCGCUGCAAGCGCUCUACCUCCUUCCGAACCGCCUGCUCCCCAAGCCUCUGCUGGCUCGGUACCUAGCCUGUUACCCGAACCUGGCAUUGCUGUACCUGCCCUGGAAUAGUCUGGAGGUUGAAGGGGACGAUGUUUUCGAGAUGAUUGCUUCGUCCAGAUUGGAGCUGCAGGCUCUGCACAUUGAUGUCUUCCCUGGUUACAAUGAGCGCACCUCUGCAAGAACACCAGCAGGCCUCACCACCCUCUUCACCUCCCUCCCCUCCCUCCGCUCUCUCUCGCUCUGCACCGGCCGAUUCAUACGCUCCCUCCCGGCCUCCAUCGCCCGCCUCUCGCUCUUAGAGGAGCUGCUUAUAACGAAUCAGUCUUCGAAGCUCGGUUUGCGUUCUCUUCCACCUGCCCUCGGUCAGCUUUCGAAUCUUCGCCGCCUCGUGCUGGACUCCUGCUUGCAGCUCCCUACACUGCCUGAGGAAAUUGGGCAGCUGACUGGAUUGGAGGAGCUGGAGCUGCUGAGUCUGGAUUGUCUACGCCAGCUGCCCGAAACUAUCGGGCAGCUUAAGCGCCUGAAGUGGUUCAAGAUGUGCUGGUGCAUGUCAGUUCGCAGCCUGCCCGAGAGCAUCGGGCAGCUGAAAGAAUUGGAGGAGAUGGUGAUCAACAUGGCAGCAAGUGAAACUUGGCUGGGCAGCCUAAAAGAGCUUCCUCAAUCUUUCGGUCAGCUCUGCUCCCUGCGGUUCCUGAAGAUUGUCGGCUGCCCGUUGAUGCUGGAUCUGCCCGAAUCUUUCGGGCAGCUUUAUCAGCUAGAAGAAUUUGUCUUCGACAACAAGGGCUUUGCAGAGGAGUCCGAAGCUUGCGGACUUUUAUCCCUGCCCAACUCCUUCGGACAGCUGACAAGUCUAGUGCGAUUGGAGCUCCGCAACUGCUUCGCCCUCACCUCCCUGCCCGAAUCUCUGGGGCAGCUUCCGUACCUCUACUCGCUGAAGCUCAUUGGCUGCUAUUCUCUUGCCACGUUGCCCGAAUCUCUGGGCAGCUCGGGCAGCCUCCAGCUGCUUCUUGUGGAUAACAAGGUGGAUGAUGAUGAGGAUGAGGAGGAUGAGGAUGGGGAGGAGGGUGAGGAGGAGGAUGGGGAGGAGGAUGGGAUGAGCAUAGUGAGCCAUUCAACGGCCUUGGACAUGCAUAUGAGCAUGAACGGCACUGACGACACCGCUGCCAGCGACGAUGGCGCAAGCACCGGCAGAAACGGGGACGAAGAAAAUCACAAUAGUUAUGGUCAUGACAAUGUUGACGAUAACGAGGAGGAUGAUGAGGAGGAUGAGGAUGAUGAUGGUCCGAGUGGUCUGCUCGCCCUGCCGGCAUCCAUGGGCAUCACCCCAUCAGCCAUGUGCAAUCUGCGCCAGCUGGUCCUACGAGCCAACGUCUCCCUCACCGCCCUCCCGCCCGCCUUCUUCUCUCUCCGACUCCUCGAAAGCCUCGUCCUUGACUUCACCGAGACCAGAAACCGGGAGUCAUUCUCAGACCUGCCAGUGAAUUCUCCCAGCCGCAUGUGCUCCCGAUCAGCGUCUCAGGCAUCGCUCUCUGGUCUCGCUGCAGGGAGUAGCGCAGUUGGUAUGGGCACAGGCAGCGAUGCGGUUACCACAGAGACCGGCGGUGGGAUAAACUCUUCCCUUAUGCUGAUUCUGCCGGCUGACUUGCCACCCACACCGGAGAAGAAAACCAAGCCUGCCGGGAUAGCUGAGCUUCCAGAGGAGAUUUCCCAGCUGGUUAGUCUUCGGCGGUUGGAUCUGAUUGGUUGCUCGAAGCUUUCCAAGCUGCCCGAGUCUCUGGGCAGCCUUCAGUUUCUGCAGAGGCUGGUGGUGGCGUUCUGUCCAGCCAUUCAGGCUCUCCCGGCUGGCGUCGGGCAGCUGAAAUUCCUCCAGACUUUUGUUGUCCAGAACUGCCCGAAUCUGCUGUACCUGCCCGACUCAUUGACAGCAUUGACAGGGCUGCCCGAGCUGUGCAUAGAUGAGAAAUCUGUGGGUGUGAAGAUUCCAGAGCAUUUGUUGAGGCUGCCUGGGUUCCGCCGUGACAGCUGUUUCUUUGAAGACCGGCUCUUCAUUGACCUGAUUGAGUAG